CUAUCGUGAGCAAGUUUUCACUAUCUCCGCGUUUCAAUUAAUUCACUUUGCAGAGGUUUGAAUUAGGAGCGCCGACAUAGCACUCCAAUUCCUUUCUUCGUUUACCGAAGCCACAACUCAGUUUUGCUUUCGCUGAAUUUUCAUUAGAGAAUGGGGAGGAGUGGCGGAGGAGAUCGAAGACGAAGAAGAUCCGAUGAGUCCGAAUCCGAGUCACCGUCCGAUUCCGACUCGGACCGACGCCAUCGUAGCAGUAGCCGCCGGUCUUGGCGUGACUCCGACGGCGAUAGGAAGAAGAAGAAAUCCUCGAGGAACAUUACAGAAGAGGAAAUCGCGCAGUACAUGGCCAAAAAAGCCCAAUCAAAGGCUAUGAAAGUCGCGAAAAAGUUGAAAACGAGUACGGUGUCGGGCUAUUCCAACGAUUCGAAUCCGUUCGGUGACUCCAAUCUCAAUGAGAAGUUUGUUUGGCGCAAGAAGAUUGAACGCGAUGUUUCUCAAGGUGUGUCUAUUGAUACGUUUUCUGUUAAGGCCGAGAAAAAGAGACAGAUAGAAAGGAUGGCAGAAAUUGAAAAAGUGAAAAAGAGAAGAGAGGAAAGGGCACUGGAGAAAGCACGGCACGAGGAAGAAAUGGCACUGUUAGCUAGAGAACGUGCUCGAGCUGAGUUUCAGGACUGGGAAAAAAAAGAAGAAGAGUUCCAUUUUGAUCAAAGCAAAGUUAGGUCAGAAAUUAGAUUGCGUGAAGGGCGUGCCAGACCAAUUGAUGUCCUAACCAAGCAUCUCAACGGCUCUGAUGAUUUGGAUAUAGAAAUAAAUGAACCAUAUAUGGUCUUCAAGGGUUUGACUGUAAACGAAAUGAACGAGCUACGUGAUGACAUCAAAAUGCAUCUGGACCUUGACAGGGCAACACCAACUCAUGUAGAAUUUUGGGAGGCACUCCUUCUGGUGUGUGAUUGGGAGCUAGCAGAAGUGCGAAAAAAGGAUGCGUUUGAUCGAGCUAGAGUACGAGGAGAAGAACCUCCUGCUGAGCUGCUUGCAGAAGAAAGGGGACUGCAUUCCAGUGUUGAGCCAGAUGUAAAGAGGCUGUUGCAGGGGAAGACACGUGCAGAAUUGGAGGCUUUACAGGUUCACAUUGAAUCAGAAAUGCGUUCUGGUACAGCAAAGGUGGUUGAAUACUGGGAAGCCAUUUUAAAACAUCUCCACAUUUAUAAAGCCAAGGCUUCUUUGAAGGAAAUUCAUGCUAAAUUGCUACGUAAGCAUUUGCAAUCUCUAGAGAGACCAUUGGAGGAUGAAGACAAAUUGGAGGAUGCUAAUGUUAUGACACCUGACGAGGAGGAAGAUACAGAGGAUGACAUUAAAGUCCGAUCUCUAGAUGAAUCAUUUUCACCAGAACCUAUUAGAGAGGAGCAAGAAGAUGAAGACGAGGCUGGAUCAUUUUCGCCACAGCUGUUGCAUGGUGAUGAAAGUGAGGAAGCUAUUGACCCUGAAGAGGAUAGAGCCAUGCUGGAGCGGAGCCGCAAGGCUGUCUUAGAAGAGCAGCAAAGACGAGUUCAGGAAGCAAUGAUAUCAAAGCCAGCUCCCUCUGAAGAUAAUUUUGAGAUGAAGGCUUUAAAAGCUAUGGGAGAUAUGGAAGAUGGAGAUGCUGUGUUUGGAUCUGGUGCUGAAGUGAGCCUGGAUUCCCAGGUUUAUUGGUGGCAUGACAAAUACAGGCCUAGGAAGCCGAAGUAUUUCAACCGUGUUCACACUGGAUACGAGUGGAACAAAUAUAAUCAGACUCACUAUGAUCAUGACAACCCACCUCCAAAGAUUGUGCAGGGAUACAAGUUUAAUAUUUUCUAUCCUGAUCUUGUAGACAAGACAAAAGCCCCAACCUACACCAUCGAGAAGGAUGGCAGCAAUGGGGAGACUUGCAUUAUAAGAUUCCAUGCUGGGCCACCGUACGAAGACAUAGCUUUCCGCAUCGUAAACAAAGAAUGGGAAUAUUCUCACAAGAAGGGUUUUAAGUGCACAUUUGAACGUGGAAUUCUGCACGUGUACUUUAAUUUCAAACGCCACCGCUACCGCAGAUAAUUUCACACAAGGCAAUGGUUCACUUAUGUAAAAUUUUUCCUACUAGAAAGGCUACGUGACUGCUACAAGUAGAUAUAAAUGGCCAGGAAAUUUACUACUGAAACUGAGACCAAAAGAAGAAAUUCAAAGGUACUAUUAGAGUAAGUAAUACCCGCACCGGUCAAAGUCUGAUCCAAAUCUUGUCAUGAUAUUCUAGACUUGAUUUAAGGAAAUAGUACGGUUUUUCCAUUGCUAUAACUAAAUCGAGACCAAGGGUCUUUCCAAACGCUGAGAUACUAAUUACAUGUCUUUUUUAUUUUUGGUGCACACAUUACUCUCUGACUCCUGUCUGAUUUAACUAGGUUUUCCUCAUCAUUGUAGAAUAUCACAUUGUCCAACUGUUUCUGUUGAAAAAGUUGAUUAUUGUACAAUUUAAUUUUCAUUAUAA